AUGGCAAAGAAAAUGAAAUCCACAAGGCAUGAAGCCAAGUUUAUCAAGAAAAUUGUUGAAGAUAUCUCAAGAGAAUUGAGUAUCACACACUUGUUUAUAGCACUCUACCCAAUUGGAGUAGAUUCUCGGGUGCAAGACAUAAAUUUUUGGUUAAAUGUUGGAGCUGAUGAUAUUCGCAUGAUAAGAAUUUUGGGAAUGGGCGGAAUUGGGAAAACAACCAUUGCUAAAGCCAUUUAUAACCAAAUUUUUAAUGGAUUUGAAGGAAAAAGUUUUCUUGCAAAUGUUAGGGAAACUUCCAUGGAACCUAGGGGUCAGUUUCAUCUCCAAGAGCAACUUCUUUCUGACAUCUUGAAGACAAGUGAGAUAAAGAUAAGUAAUGUUGAUAGAGGAAUCAGUAUGAUAAAAGAAAGACUUUGUAAUAAAGCAAUACUUUUGAUACUUGAUGAUGUAGACCAAAUAAACCAAUUGAAUGCCAUAGCUAGAAGGCGUAACUGGUUUGAUUCAGGAAGUAUAAUUAUUAUAACAACCAGAGAUGAGCAUUUGCUAAAAGAGCUAGAAGUGGAUAGCGUAUAUACAGUUACAUCAAUGAAUGAGAGUGAAACUCUUGAGCUUUUUAGUUGGCAUGCCUUUAGGAAUUGUUUUCCUACUGAAGAUUAUAUUGACUUGUCAAGAAGUGUUGUUGCUUACUAUGGAGGAUUGCCACUAGCUCUUGAAGUUUUGGGCUCAUUCCUUUUCUCUAGGAGCAUGCCAGAAUGGAAAAGUGCAUUAGAUAAAUUAAAAAGGAUUCCUCAUGAGCAAAUUCAAAAAAAACUUAGAAUAAGCUUCAAUGGACUAUGCGACAACACUGAAAGGGAUAUAUUCCUUAACAUAUCAUGUUUCUUCAUCGGAAUGGACAAAGACUAUGUUGUAAAAAUACUAGAUGGUUGCGGUUUUUUUGCAGAGAUUGGAAUUAGCGUCCUUUUUCAGCGAUGUCUUCUUAAAGUUAAUGGGACAAACAAGUUUACGAUGCAUAAUUUGCUUCGAGACACGGGAAGAGAAAUUGUUCAUGAAAAAGACCCAAACGAACCGGGAAAAUGGAGUAGAUUAUGGCUACAUGCGGAUGCAUUUGAUAUAUUGACAAGGCACCAGGGAACAAAAGGAGUUGAAGGACUUACUUUAAAAUUUCUAGGUUUAAGUAAGGUGAAUUUAAAUUCAAGAGCAUUUAUAAAGAUGCAGAGAUUGAGAUUACUCAAACUUGAUCACAUACAACUCACUGGAAAUAAUAAACAUAUUUCCAAAGAAUUAAGGUGGCUCCGCUGGCAUGGAUUCCCUCUAAAGUUUUUGCCAAAUGACUUUUAUCUAAGAAACCUAGUUGUGAUUGACUUGCAAUAUAGUAAUCUCAUACGAGUUUGGGAAGUUCCCAAGUUGUUUGAGAAGAUGAAAAUUCUAAAUCUCAGUCACUCACAUUAUCUGAGCCAGACCCCUGACUUCUCAAGACUCCCCAAUCUUGAGCAAUUAAUGCUUGAAGAUUGUACAAGUUUGUUUGAGGUUCACUACUCCAUUGGAGAUCUUAGAAAUCUUGUUUUGGUAGAUUUUAAAGAUUGUAAAUGCCUUGAAAAUCUGCCAAAAAGUUUCUAUAAGUUGAAGUCUCUGAAAACUCUCAUUCUUUCUGGGUGUUCUAAAAUUAAUAGUUUGGAUGACGACUUGGGGGGGAUGGAAUCAUUGACAACUCUCCGUGCAGACAAAACUGCUAUAAGACAAGUGCCUUUUACCAUAGUGCAACUAAAGAACCUCAAAUAUUUAUCUCUAUAUGACGCAAUUCCCAUAGAUUUGUGGAGUUUAUCUUCUCUUCAAAUUUUAGAUUUAAGACGCAAUAGUUUUGAAAGCCUAUCGUCAAGCCUAGGUAGUCUUUCAAAGCUUCAAGAUCUUAGAUUGGAUAGUUGCAGAAAGCUUAAAUCAAUUCCAAAUUUAACGGCAAGUUUGAUUUUUCUAGAUGCAAGAAAAUGCACAAUGCUCGAUAGAAUGCCGAAUCUAUCAAACCUCUCAAAUAUGCUUGGUUUGUACCUUACUGACUGUUGCAAAUUAGUUGAAGUUCCAGGUCUGGAUAAGAGGCCGAAUCCCAUUGUAUAUGCUGACAUGGGGGGCUGUAGAAAUCUGACAUAUACUUUUAAGCAAAGCUUGCUACAGGAAUGGGCUUUAUGUGGAAUUGGUAGUAUGUAUGGCAUUUUCCUCCCUGGCAAUUAA